AUGAACACAAGACAAGGAGGAAGAAAAACGCCUGACGAGCCUGACGACUGUCCUGGAUCAACAAUGGCUGACCUACAAGGGGCACAGGCAAGUGGUCCACAAGACAAGAUGGAAGAAAUAGCUGGGAUGAUGAAGUCUUUGAUGUCAUCCCAGUACACUAGAGACAAAAUGGUGGAGAAAGAACGGACCCGGCAGGAGCAACGCUGGAACGCUAUGCAGGAUCAAGUCCAGGAACUUCAGCAGCAGCUAAUGCGGAUGCAGACAGAGUGUUCUGCACAUCCAGAACCGACCUCGCGGCCAGCAACGGCUCAGACAGAGCAGAGGAGGGGGCGCACAACCCCAGUUCUUGUGAAUGGCCACUGUGCAGAGGCACUGUUAGAUUCUGGGUGUUUUCAGACUGUAGUACGGUCCUCUUUGGUUCCGCUUGAGCGGCAGUCACCUGAAAAAGCUCGGCUCAUCUGUAUCCAUGGGGACGAGCACAACUACCCUACAGGAGAGGUUUAUCUUACGGAGCCUUCUCAGCAGUUUUUGGUGCGUGCUGUGAAAGAUGAGGAGAUUACAGAAAAGUUCUUCCCUGUCCCUCCCAAAGAGCCAGCUGCCAUUGACCUUUCUCACCUCUCUCCCCCUCAGCAGGACGAGAUAAAACCUUUCUUGAACCCAGGUCUGUUCCAGGAGACGCCUGGCUUUACGUCACUGGUCCAACAUCAGAUCCACCUCAAGCAGGAAGCUCCAAAGAGACAGAGGAGCUACAGGAUCCCAGAGCGAUGCUUCUGGGGUGGGACUAGGAGCAGUCCUCCUCCAGGAGAAGGAUGGGGAACGAAGGCCUGUUGUCUUCCUGAGUCGGCGGCUGCUGGACCGGGAGACUCGCUACUCGGCAGUGGAGAAGGAAUGUUUGGCGAUGAAGUGGGCGAUUGA